UUCGCGAUCUCGCCGCACGAGGCCUCCAAAGUCAACGCUGGAUUUGUCUCUGGCUCCUAAAGUACAAAAAUAUAAUGAAACGACAAGAUGAUUUUUAAUAGAAUCAAAAUAUCAUUAUCUAGCAUAUCUUUAGAACAUGGCAAGCUGCAGUUAUUGAGAGGUCUUAUUACCAAUAGUAAUGAAGACAAAUUUGAUGUAAUAAUUGUUGGUGGUGGUCAUGCUGGAACUGAAGCAUCUGCAGCUGCUGUUCGAAUGGGUGCAAAGACAUUACUAGUCACUCAGAAGAAAAGUACCAUAGGAGAGAUGUCAUGCAAUCCGUCCUUUGGCGGAAUCGGAAAAGGUCAUCUUAUGAGAGAAGUAGAUGCUUUGGACGGAGUGUGUUGUCGAAUAUGCGACAUCUCAGGUAUACACUACAAGAUUCUGAACAAGCGUAAGGGACCAGCGGUGUGGGGUCUCAGGGCUCAGAUAGAUAGAAAAUUGUACAAGAAGCAUCUCCAAGCAGAACUCUUUAAUAUGCCAGGAUUGCAUAUCUGUGAAUCUUCCGUAGAAGAUUUGAUUCUGGCAAACGACUCUUUGUCAUGUCGCGGAGUAAUUCUCAAAGAUGGCACGAAGAUCUUUGGCGAUUCGGUAGUUAUAACCACGGGAACUUUUUUAAAAGGUCAGAUAAAUAUUGGAUUAGAAAAAAGACCGGCAGGUAGAAUGGACGAUGAACCAAGUAUUGGCCUGGCAAACACACUUGACAGACUUGGAUUUCGAGUAGGAAGAUUAAAAACUGGUACGCCGCCAAGACUGGAGAAGGAAAGCAUCGACUUUACAAAGUGUAUAAAACAUUUACCGGAUGAAUGUCCUAUACCGUUCUCAUUUAUGAACAAUAAAGUGUGGUUAUUGCCGGACGAACAAGUACCGACAUAUCUGACGUACACAAACAAGAAUGUCGCGAAAAUUAUAAGAGACAAUAUGCAUUGCAAUUUGCAUGUCACGGAAGAGAUAACGGGUCCUCGCUAUUGUCCAAGUAUAGAGAGCAAAGUUUUGCGUUUUGCGACAACGACGCACCAAGUCUGGCUGGAGCUAGAAGGUCUGGACUCGCCGUUGAUUUAUCCUAGUGGAUUGUCUUGUACUUUGCCGGAAGAAAAGCAGGUGGAACUUGUCAAAUGUAUCCUCGGAUUAGAAAACGCUCGUUUGGCAAGGCCUGGUUAUGGUGUUGAAUAUGAUUACAUAGAUCCCAGAGAACUAACGUCCGAAUUGGAAACUAAGAAGAUUCCAGGACUAUUCCUUGCUGGACAAAUAAAUGGCACUACUGGAUACGAAGAGGCAGCCGCGCAAGGUAUCAUCGCGGGUGUUAACGCAGCCGCUAAGGUAUUGAAAAAACCGCCACUUGUAAUAAGUCGAACCGAAGGUUACAUCGGCGUCCUCAUCGACGAUCUAACAACACAGGGUACUACUGAACCAUACAGAAUGUUCACCAGCAGAGCAGAGUUCCGUUUGAGUCUACGUCCGGACAACGCUGAUCAUAGACUAACAGAGAAAGGCUACAAAGUUGGUUGUGUUUCGCGCGAAAGGAUGGACAGGACAUGGAAUACUCAACGUAAGAUACAGGAGGCCAUACAAUUACUUCAGAGUGAGAGACAGUCGAAUCACAAGUGGCGGCAUAUGUUGAAACUGAAACACACCAAGUCCAUCCAAAACAAGUCAGCUUUCGACAUACUGGGCAAUACGAACGACGAGAUCACAUUUGCACAAUUGGCAAAGAUAUUGCCGGAACUAUUAGGUCAUCUUGAUGGGGAUCCAACUCUGAUGAUAAGAGUAGAGAUAGAGGCAAAAUAUGCGUUUGUUGUUGCGAACCAGCAAAACCAAGUGGAUGAUAUCAGGAGGAAUGAGCAGAUGAUUAUACCAGAAGAUAUUGAUUAUAAUAGUAAUGAAUUGAAUUUAUCCAAUGAAGAUAAAGAGAAACUCACAAAGUAUCUUCCACGCACGAUUGCAGCAGCCAAUAAAAUCUCAGGUGUAACACCUAUAGCUAUAUUAAAACUACUCUAUUACAUCAGACAUCGUUCUAGUGAGUACAUCGCCAAAGUGUAACAUUAUAUUGUAAUAUAUUGUAUAGUGAUAUAUUGUAUUAUAAUCAGUGUUUGGAGUUAUCU